CCUGAAGCAAAGCGUCGCAAGAAGUUAACGAAGCUUGCUGGUAUAGACCACCCAGAAAGUAUAUCGGGAACAUCAAAGCAAACCACAACUGACCAUACGAUACGCCGUCGUCGAAGCAGGCGUCUGAACUCGGAUGCUGCAGCAUACAAGCCAGGAACUGACGAAGAAAAUGAAUCUGUCGAUGAGGAUGGUAUCAUUGAUAAAGUUCGCCGCAGGCGAAGAGGGACCAAAAGGUCUCGAGCAGAGCAAACUGGCGAUGAGGAUCAAAGUGAAUCUAAGACGAAAAAGCAGAGAGGCCCGCCUUGA